CCUCGUCUCGUAAAUAAGCACAAUGUAGUACCUUCAUUCCUGUGGGAUACGUCACAAUUUUAAAGCUCGCGUUUCUCUCCAUGCUCCGCCCCGCACUGUAUACCAUGUAAGCUUCAGUCUUCUUUUUUGUGUGGUACGGUUACGUCGCGAUUGUUAUUAUGUCGACAUCGAAACAUUCUAAGCGUUCGCGGUCGCCCGGAAAGUAUAAGGACGAAACACUUACUCUUCUGCGUAGGCUAGAGCGUCGGAUGGAUGCUUUCGAACGCAAAAGCUUUAAGAAAAGAAAGCGGUUGCCCUCUUCCGAUUCCAGUUCUGGGGAUUUUCCAACACCCCAAAAACGCGUUACAUUAGACUCGGAUUCCGAUGCGAGUGCACGCAGUGCUUUCUCCGAAGAUGACUUAAAUCAAGUGGAAGGCGACGACGUAGAGGAAGUACCGGCGCCACCAUCAACCUUGAACCAGGAUGUGCUAUCUAUACUCGGAAAUGAUUCGCAAUCCGAUAGUGUUAAAGGUCCACCUAUUCAGCAAGAAGUUACUGAAAGAUGGAUUAAUAUUUUUAAGCGGGGGCUGUCUGAGGACAAAUGUGUCGAAUUAAUUCAGAAAUACCCUUCUCCCGAAAACGCGGGGUUUUGGGACGCACCGAAGCUGAAUCUGGUAGUAAAACACGCCGUGACGGAUUCGGUGGAGAAACGAGAUUUUCGCCUUGCAAAAUUACAAACGCAGAUAAGCUCUGGUUUAGCAGCUAUAGGUUUAGCCUCGGGUUUAGCGCUUACACAGUUAAUCAACAAGGAAGGGGAUGAGUUUAAGCCACUCAUCGAACAAUUAAGUGAUGCGGGACGCUUACUCGCGGAUGUGCAUCAUCGAGAAAGUGUUCCCGAAAGGAAUUAA